UUGCUGCAUCUAGGGGACAGGGCGGGCGCCUUCGGCCUCUGCGCUUGCGCUUGAGCUUGAGUCUGCGUAUUCGGCCGGACCCGCCUUUGGCGGACAGCUGCGCUACCCACCCUGGGGCGGGCGGGCCGGCCUGGGCUGGGCUGGCUGGCGGGCUGGCGGGCUGGCGGGCUGGCGGGCUGGCGGGCGGGCGGGCCGGCCGGGGCGGGGCGGGAUCUCCGCUCCCGCCGUGAGCACCCGGGGAGCCGGCCGCCUCGCGUCCGGGCCCUUCUCGUGGGGGAUCUGGGCCCGUGGGGCGGGACCUCAUGGAAGCAGUUGGCCCGGGGACCUGCGAUGGAGGGGAUGCGGCACUGGGCGCGGAGGGGCGGCCAGCACCCGAGGCGAGGGUGCACUUCCGAGUGACGAGGUUCAUCAUGGAGGCAGGUAACCACGGCCGGGAAGAGGGCGGGCCCCGCGCGGACGGGACGUGGGAGCCAGAGCCGCAUUGCUGCACUUUCACCCAGCUGGCCCCAACCCGCCGCGGGAGCACCGAGCAGGCAGGCAGGGGCUGGCGUAGCGGGGAUCCGCUUCCCGAAAGAUGGGACCCGCCAAAUUCGGUGCUGGCGUGGCUGAGCGGAGGGAAGAGAUCGGGCCUGCACUGCCCUAGCGGAGGCUGGGAGGCUCGGCUUAGGGGUACCGGCCUCUGCCUUUCCGCCACGCCCUGCAUACUAGGCUUUGCGCUGCGAGGCAUACGCGGUCAUGGCCAUUUCAUGGGCGGGCGCGUAGGUCCAAAGAGAGGAUGUGGAAACUAGAAGGCCCCAGCUAGAAGGUGGCGGAAUCGGGGCGCCCGCAUCUCGACUGAGUGUGCCGCGCCUUCUGACACACCUGCCUCGCAGCAUACGGGGACGCUGGCACCUGGUCACACGGAGCCUUUUGGAGCAUAUGCCCUUGGUGAGGCUCCUGACAAACCUUGUUGACGAGGUCCCAUCACAUCUGGGACCCAGGGGCUUCCCUGGUGGCGCAGUGGUUGAGAAUCCGCCUGCCAAUGCAGGGGACACGGGUUCGAUCUCUGGUCCGGGAGGAUCCCACAUGCUGCGGAGCAACACAGCCCAUGCGCCUAGAGCCCGUGCUGAGCUGGGCCUGCAGUGCUGUAACUAGUGAAGCCGGCGCGCCUAGAGCCCGUGCUCCGCAACAAGAGGAGCCACCGCAGUGAGAAGCCCGCGCACCGCAAUGAACAGUAGCCCCCGCUCGCCACAACUAGAGGAAGCCCACGUGCAGCCACGAAGAACCCAACGCAGUAAAUAAAUAAAUAAAUAUACAGGGAACUCUGGCAAAUUUAAGUUUAAAAAACAAACAACCCCCCCCCCAAAAAAAACAAAACAAAACCACUAGGAGCCAGGGCACAGCUCACGUUUUGAACCCGGCCAGGGCAUCCACACCGUGGUGUUGAGUGCUCUAACUCCGAAGGCGAGGCGAUGUAGCUAAUUGGAUUCCGGUAGAAACACUGUUUCCGUCAAUAGUGGUUUCCUCCGUUGUUGUUGAUCUUUGUUAAUUUGUAUGCAGUCUGCCGAAGAGGGCGAUCUUUGUUACUUUGUAUCCAUUCUGGCGAAGAGUUCACUUUCAAGUCAAGGUGGGCAGAGUCUGGGGAAAAUAGUGCAGGACCAUUAAUCCCAGUGAUUUGUACAUUUAAUUUCCAGGAAGUUUUGCAAAGUGUAUAAGGAAGGAUGGCAGUGCCUCCUCAUAUACCCCCUACAUCUGCUUGGAGGAUCCGUGUGAACCAGGCAAGCAUGCUACUCUUUGAGGGUUUGCUCUAUAAAAGCAAGACUUGGAGGGUCAUGUGCAGUAAUACCACCUAAUCUGACAUCUCUGAGAAUGAGGGGUCCCAUGUAGGAACUGUCUAUGAAACUGAAGUUUAAACCUGGAAAUGCUAAAACCUAAAUGCUAAAAGCUAAUGCUGAAGUGUUUUGCAUAUGCCCUUGCCCUCUGUGCCCUAAACGGCCUCUGUCCUCCAAAGAUUUCCCCAUCCUAAUUCCCAGAACCUGCGACUGUUACCUCAUGUGGCAAAAGAGAUUUUGCAGAUGGGAUUAAGCAUCUUGAUGUUGGGGAGCUAUCCUAGGUUAUCUGGUGGGCCCAAUAUAAUCACACCCAUCCUUAGAGAGAGAGGCAGGAGGAGUAGAUAGGCCACGUGAUGAUGGAAGCAGAGUUAGAAGAUGCCGCACCGCUGGCUUUGAGGGUGGAGGAAAGGGCCGUGAGCCAAAGAUUGCAGGCGCUUCUAGAAGUUGGAAAGGGCAAGGGAGUGGAUUCUCCUCUGGAACCUCCAGAAGGAAGCAGCCCUGCCGACACCUUGAACUUAGCCCCCUAAGACUCAUUUUGGACUUCUGACCACCGGCAUUGUAAGAGAAAGAAGUAUGUGUUGUUUUAAGACACUUAGUUUGUGGUGCCUUGUUACAGCAGCUCUGGGGAACUAAUACACCUUUUUAGGUAGAGGGUGUUGAACACAAUUUGAACGAUUGUCGGCUGUUCUCCACCUUCUUUCAGUCUAUGGGAUGUCAUUUAACCUUCCCUUAUUAACCCUGGUCAUUGUGAAUUUGUUUUCGUUCUGUGACCCAAUGCGGUGAUUUCCCUAGGAGCUGUCGGGGGGAUUUAGGGCUUUAACCCCUACAUCAAACCAUCAUGCUCUGGUUUUUGAGUUCUGUUCCCUUUUCCCUCGAGCCUGGCUGUGGCCUUUCUCCUGCUCUGCCGGCAGUUGCCUCUGGCAGUCACCCUGCUUCGCUUUUCUUGCCUUUGCUAACCUGUGGAUCAGUAAACCAGUGCUGAGUAUAAUCUUAAACUAUGACCUCAGGACUCGCGGCACCUGUUUGAUACUCAGAGGCCUUUUUUCCUCCUGUCACAUUGGCAGGAUUUUGGUUAGGUGAGCUGCAGAGGUGGGGGCAACCUCUAGUUAAAUGCCUGCUAAGGUGGAAACAGACACACAACUUGUUCCUUUUCAAGAUGUGCAGAAAGGGAUAUGCCAGGUGCAGUAGCUUGAAGCCUUGCUUCUCCUGGCGUGGCCUUGAGGCUUGGGAGAAGCGUGGAGCCCACAGAGCUGCUGAAGGGAAUGCUGCACUUCAGCGUGACCCCCAGGGGCUUGUUAGCACGUUAGAGUCUGAGAAGCUCACGUCUAAAUCCCUCAGGUCGAGGACCCAGUGGAAGGCAUGGCAGCCCCUGCCAGCUGGGCCCUGAGCUCUCGGUCUUGUCAGAACAGGGAUGUGCACCCUUAGGGCCCAACCUGGCGGCUCCCCUCACACUUUGCAGGGGGCGAGCCCUGGAUGAAGCACUCCCCUGCCUGCCUGCUUUCUCUCGGUAGGUGUCAAGCUAGGGAUGCGGUCCAUCCCCAUCGCCACCGCCUGUGCCAUAUACCAUAAGUUCUUCUGCGAGAUCGACCUGGACGCCUAUGACCCCUACUUGGUGGCCAUGUCUUCCCUUUACUUGGCCGGCAAAGUGGAGGAACAGCGCCUGCGCACUCGUGACAUCAUCAACGUUUCCAACAGGUACUUCCACCCGGACAGCGAGCCCUUGGAACUGGACUCGCGCUUUUGGGAGCUCCGGGACAGCAUCGUGCAGUGCGAGCUGCUCGUACUGCGGGUUCUGCGUUUCCAGGUCUCCUUCCAGCACCCUCACAAGUACCUGCUCCACUACCUGUUGUCCGUCAAGAACUGGCUGAACCGUUACAGCUGGCAGCGGAGCCCCGUCUCCAUCACCGCCUGGGCCCUGCUGCGCGACAGCUACCACGGGGGGCUGUGCCUCCGGUUCCAGGCUCAGCACAUAGCCGUGGCAGUGCUCCACCUGGCCCUGCAGGCCUAUGGGGUCGAGGUGCCCGCUGAGGCCGAGGCCGAGAAGCCAUGGUGGCAGGUGUUUAGUGAAGACCUUACCAAGCCAAUCAUUGAUAACAUUGUGUCUGAUCUCAUUCAGAUUUAUACCAUGGACACAGAGAUCCCCUAAGGCCCUGGUCCAGGCCUGCCCAAAGAGAAGUCCGUGACGCUCGGCAGCCUGGGGAUGGUACCGCCACAGGGCCGUGAACGCCAGCCCCCAGAGGACCCGCUGGAAGGGCUGGUGAAGGCGAUGACUGUCCCCGGCAGCCGUGGUCUGGACAGUGACAGGAGCCACGCCUUCAGCGGGCGGGCUUGAAGUUCACCGCGAGGGGCUGCCGAGGCCAGGCGCCGCGUCUGCUUUUGUCCUUUGAGAGGACCUGACUGCCGUGGAGGGUGACGUCAUCGGAAGGAAAAUCAGAGAAAGGAUGGGACUGAGCCCCUGGGGAUUUUUUAAAAGCCUGAUUUAUAGAAUGAAUGAAUGUGCAACAUAGAUGGAACUUUAUUUUGUGUAAUAAAAGAUACAAAUGAACUGGGA